AACUUGCCCAUAACUCUUUCUCCAAUUCCUUGCUACACUUUUCAACCCUUUCUCCACCAUCGACGUAAAGUAAUCUACAGAUUAUACAUCAAAAUAGGUCUUUGAAAAUUCCACUCUUCUCUUAAAUCAAUGCAUAUGUAAAAAAGCUCUGUAAAAAUGGCGGACAUGUUCGAUACACCACGCAUUUCUUCUUCAUAUUCUCCGCCGCCUGAAUCCACCGAUGACAUUUCCCUUCUCCUUCGUCAGAUCCUGUUUAAAUCAGCAUCUUCUUCUUCUUCUUCAUCCUUUUCUCUCACUCCCAAACAAAUGCAGUAUGAAUUCCAACGCCAACAACCGCCGUAUUCCUCCGGGCUUUCCAUUUCCGAUCAGAUCCCCACGUUAUCUUCUACCGGUGUUACUCACAUUCCGGCGAAUACCAUGGCUCAUGUCUCUUCUUCUUCUGUGGGUACUAUGGAUUAUGACCCAGAUGAAUACGAUUGCGAAAGUGAGGAGGGAUUCGAAAACUUGAUGGAUGAAAUGGUCGCAAAACAAAAUCCUCCUCGUAAUCCUUCAAAACGAACACGAGCAGCUGAGGUUCAUAAUUUGUCCGAAAAGAGAAGGAGAAGCAAGAUAAAUGAGAAGAUGAAGGCCUUGCAGAAGCUUAUCCCCAAUUCAAAUAAGACGGAUAAAGCUUCAAUGCUGGAUGAAGCUAUUGAAUAUCUGAAGCAGCUUCAGCUCCAAGUUCAGAUGUUGACGAUGAGAAAUGGGAUAAACUUGUACUCCAUGUGUGCUCCGGCGAACCAGAGAACCGGUGGGUUGAACUUUGGAAACCAGUCCGGCAACAUGACGGCGAACCAAGAACCGGUGGUGAACCCGAUGUUUAGCCUCCCGGUUCAAUGCGCCGGCGUCGGCCAAAACCCGCCGUCGAUACUUGACUUUUCCCGGUCGAUGAAUCACGAAGCUCCGUUUGGAACUCAACUGGGAUCUUGAAUCUUUUAGUUAUUAUUAGUUCAUGUAAUCGUAAGGUGAAACAUGUAUUUUGAUGACUUUGUUAGUAGUUGGUAUGAUUGAUAUUUUAAUUUUCAGUUUCAAUA